AUGGGCAGGGUUCAACCUGUUAUUAUGGAAUCCCCCUCCAUUUCAGACGAUUGUACCCCUCGUAAUCCCCCUUCCCAACCCCAGAUCCUGUUUGUUCUUCGUAUUUACACGGAACAAAUGGCUCAACAUCUCUCCCCUCCGGGCCCAGAGAACUUUACCCUUGGGUUGGAGGGCUACGGAUCUAUCAACCUUGAGCCCCGUCAAACGGCUAGGGCGGUUCCACACGUAGCCCGCCAACUUUCUUUUCCACCGAUCGAGUUGGAUAUCGCCUUGGCCGAACAAAAACGUCAGGCAGCGGUUAUUACCAUGCUGCAACAACGGCUAGAGGAGCGAGACGGAGGGUUGACUGUAACCCCUACAAACGAACAUCCAGCCGAGCCCAGUCGACCGAAGAAAAACCGCAAACGGGGCAGACCGUCUCGCCCAGAUCAAACAGCCGAAAUCGCCGUUCCCGAGCGACGGACUGUCUUUGAGCGUCUUGAGCAAGGCCUGCCAACCGUGUAUCAACCCAUCGACCCGGCUCUUCAGCCUCGGAACGCUCCAUUGACGAGCUUGGGGGAGGCAUAUGCGCCCUUAAUGUUAGCUGCUCGACCACCAAGGGAAAAAGAGGAGCACCGUAAGCACCAUCGGCGGGAAAAAAGAAAGACUCCGGAGCGGCAUACUGAUGUUCCUCCCCCUGUUGUCCCGCAGGUCGCAGCCGAAGACAAUUCGAAGCUCGGGAAGGCAAAGGCUUCCCCCUUCGUGGAUGCUAUUCAACAAGAGCGGCCGCCAGACAGAUUCGUCAUGCCGAAGCUGAAGCGUUAUGAGGCAAAAGAAGACGCAGUCGCAUUCGUUUGUCGUUUCAGGCAAACCAUGAGCCUCCAUAACUUUUCUGACGCCCUUAUGUGUAAAAUCUUCCCGCUCACUCUCAGUGAACCGAUCAUGUUAUGGUACAAUCAGUUGAAGCCCAAAUCCAUUUCUUGCUUCAACGAGCUAGAAUUGGAGUUUAGCAAACGCUUCGUUACCAGCAACAUUCAACCGAAGACAUUAUCGAUGCUGGUGAACAUGCGAAGAGCGACGGGAGAAACACUGCGACUUUAUACCGAGCGUUACUGGGAAGUCUAUAACCUUAUUCCUGACUGUAAUCAAGGAGUAGUAGCCGAGUCUUUCAUGAAUGGGUUGGAUCCAACCUCGGCAAUGUUUCAUGACCUCUCACGAAAUCCACCUAAGACGAUGGGAGAGCUCAUGACAAUAAUCGAGAAGGAUUGCGUUCACGAAGAAGCAAUGGCCGAGCGACACACGUCAAAGGCUGAACCUGCCAAGACGAUUGGGCCAAAGAAGCAGGUAUCGAACGUUCGCCAAGGGCAAGGAAGCCAGGGUAGCUCGGGCCAGGCAUCGAAUAAGUCGAACAACAAGGGCCGACCCCCACAGCACCCUCAGCCACAAUCCUGGACACAAACGAAAAGAGAACCCCGACCAGACGAGUAUGUCGCCGAGCGUACGGUAUUCACUGAACCUAUCUAUAAACUUCUUAACAUCAUUGGCAAAUUGCCGUUCUUUGUUUGGCCAACGGUACUCUUAGGCACCGUCGGAAGCGGACCAGGGAUGUGCACGUAUCAUAAGGAACGUGGCCACUACACCACACAAUGCCCACCUUUCAAAAGGUAUCUAGAAGAGCUAGCAGCUGCCGGUCACCUCAAUCAGUGGAUUGACGUUCGGCAAAAUCCACUUCCUCCACCUCCCCCUCUUGUUGGCAAUCUCGUAAGCGUAAUACAAGGGCUAGUUUCCGAAGGAAGGGCGGCCGAGCUUCGUUCAGAAAUUGACAAGGCUAUCACCUCUCUAUCAGUCUGCAACGUGGGCGCUUCGGGAAAGCGAAAGUGGGAAGAUCCGAGCUUCGGCGGCACCAUAACUUUUUCUUCCAACGACUUAAAAGGAGUGCAACUUCCACAUGCAGAUGCCCUCGUUGUCACUGUUGCUAUUGAAAAAUCAACCGUACAACGGGUAUUGAUAGAUCAGGAAAGCUCGGCCGAUGUCAUGUUUUUCUCCACUUAUCAGAGCCUCGGACUAUCUCCCGCUCAACUUCGGACGGCGUCAACUCCCCUUGUCAGUUUUACGGGAGCCCCGGUGUGGCCACUCGGCCUGAUUACCCUCCCUGUGCGAGCUGGAUCACGCGUCCUGGAGAUCAAAUUUGUGGUGGUCGCUUCGCCAAGUCCGUACAACGUCAUUCUUGGCCGAACCUGGCUACACGAAAUGCAAGCGGUUGCUUCAACCUAUCACCAGGUGGUAAAAUUCGUCGGAUGGAACGGACGACAGGAAAGCCUCCGAGGCGAUCAAAUCCAAUCCAAGAAAUGCUACAUUAGCACUGUAACGAACAAACAGAGCUGCAUGGAGGUACAAUGCGUGGCUGCCGCUCCUACCCCAGUGAUUGAGGAUGUUGGUGUACCUGCCGAACAACGGUCAACCGAUGAGCUAAUACGUUUUUCCAUUCCUGGGGAAGAAGGAAGAUAUUUUUUGAUCGGGAGUUCAUUAAGCAUGGACGAAUGUGAGGAGAUGUAUCAAUUCUUGAUGAGAAACAUAGAGGUCUUUGCUUGGACUCCACAAGACAUGCCGGGCGUGGACCCUUCGUUCGCCAUGCACUCAUUGAAUGUAGAUCCAAAUAGGCGACCGGUUGUGCAAAAAGUCCGACGCUCGUUGGCCGCACAUACCGAAGCUGUGAUAGCAGAGGUGAAUCAACUGUUGGAAGCUGGCGUCAUUCGGGAAGUGCUAUACCCCACCUGGCUUGCCAACCCAGUGGUUGUCCCGAAGAAAAAUGGGAAACUAAGGAUUUGUGUCGAUUACACGAACCUCAAUGAUGCCUGCCCUAUGGAUCGAUUUCCACUUCCUCGGAUUGAGCAGAUGGUAGAUGCAACGGCAGGAUGUGAGCGCUUGAGCUUCAUGGACGCGUAUCGGGGCUACCAUCAAAUAGCUUUGGAUCCGGAAGAUUAG